AUGAAAGAUAUUUCCGAAACUUUCUCUCGUCAACUAAGUUGUUCCGCCGUCUCCGUCGCCCAUAAGCCCGCAUUCUCCCUACGCGCAAUCCUCUGCCGAGCAAAGUACCCUCUGCCCGUAGACCAGGUAAGCAACGUCUAUUACCGCAUACCAUGCACCGGCUAUCCCUGUGUUUACGUGGCCACGCAGGCCGACGUCACGGGACUCGCAUCAUCGAACAUGGCUGGCGAGAAGUUUUAUCACUCGUAUCUGCGCACACCCUUGAGUGUGAUCACCUCUUCAACUGGGACGGUACCGAGGUGA